UGCUCACACAGCUCACCAGAACUCCAAUUUUUCUCACCUUAUUUUCCCUCGAACCAAACAAGCCAACAACAGUGUAAAAACAACAGCAACAACGUUUUCUAAAGAGAAAAUGGCUCAAGCCUUUUCAAUUCUAAGCGUUUCUUUCCCCUUUUGUUCAUCGGAUAAAGCAAGCAAUGCCUGUCAUGUUUUUCCCCUGAACUCAACACGGACCAGAUGUGUGAGUUGUAAGAAGAAGAUUAUGACGGCCAUGGCGGCGGCGGGGGAGAACAGAGAGAACCUUGACCGCUUACAGAGAGUUGGUAAACAAGAACGUGGCUCUCAAUCCAACAGGAAAAGACUUGGCCCUGUUGCACCAGUUGGGUUAUGGGACAGGUUCCCAACAGCAAGAACAGCGCAGCAAAUGAUGGAAACAAUGGAGAGAAUCAUGGAAGACCCUUUUGCUUACUCCGGCUCGUGGCCAUCGACGUUACCGACUGAAACCGGCACUUACAGCCGCGGACGGACGCCGUGGGAGAUCAAAGAAGGAGACAAAGAAUACAAGAUGAGGUUCGACAUGCCCGGGAUGACCAAAGAUGAUGUUAAAGUUUGGGUGGAAGACAAGGUGUUGGUCGUAGAAGCCGAGAAGAAGCUUAAGAAAGACGUUAAUGGCGGCGAAGAGGAUGAAGAGAAUGAAUGGUCUGCUAAGAGUUAUGGGAAAUACAACAGAAGAAUUGCUUUGCCUGAGAAUGUGGUGUUUGAGAAAAUUAAAGCUGAGGUUAAAGAUGGGGUUUUGUAUAUAAAUAUUCCAAAGGGUGGUGAUGAUGGUAUGAUUUUGGAUUUUAGUGUACAAUGACUAUAAAUGUUGAGG